AUGGAUCCUGUCGGUUUCACCGCAAGUGUCAUCGGUAUCGAAACUUUGGCUGUCCAACUUGCGGAUGCAGUAAGGAAAGCGGCUGCGUUCUGGGAGACUAUCCAAGGUGCUCCUUCGGAUAUUAGUCGACUGUCUAGAGAGCUGAGGCUUGUGGCUAACGUUUUUCAUGCGAUUCGAGUUGAACAUGAAGCCGGUAACAUACCUAUCCAUUUUCAAAGUAUGGUUAAGGAGGCUUUGGAUCUGGCAAGGGCGAUGUUGAUCAGCUUUCAAUUUUUAUUUCGGAAUUGACGCGGAAACUAUCCCGAAAUAAUGGUAAUUUUGGUACACAAUGGAGAAAAGUCCAAGUCACUCUAAAAGCUAGCAAAAUAGAAAAGUUCAAGGACAAUCUGGGAAGCAUAAAAGGCAUCAUGACCUUGCUGCAGGCAAGCAGAAAUCAGUAAUGGAAGACCAUGCUAGUAAAUCGGGCAUUUGAUUGACCCAAUGGGUUACAGAUCUUCCAUAGUUCAAAUCAAUAGCAAGCUCGAUAUCCUGGACACGAAGAUCAGCUCGAUAGCUAUCACCAGCACAAGCUCAUUCCAUCAGAUUAUAAAUCAAUCCUCGUUGCAAGUCAUGCAGAAUCGUCCUGUUUCCUCCGAACACAGGUCAACUUACACGAACAGUGUUUCUAAGUCUAUCAAACAAUACAGGACGAACUUCUUCCUUGGCACUUUCUGUUUCAGAACCACUUCUACCACUCACCGAUAUGAUGAUAACGAUUCCUCGGAUGAUGCAGAUAACUCGACAACUACGAGAGCUUACCUAGUUGAGUUCCUCGUAUGAUUUACAACCUCCCGGAAAGGUCUUAGGGUAAUGACAACAG